GGCAGGCAUGGGAAGCUGCGCAAUCCAUCAUUCACUAAUGCUUUUAUUUCCACUCUUCUUUCUGUGCAGCUCCUGGGAAACUCUUGCCUUGCUAGCAUCUGUUUGCUUUGUGUUUAGCUAUGCUGGGACCAAACUGUGGGAACUUAUGCAUGCUAGGCAAGCACUCUCUCACCAAGAUGUCAAGUUCCAGCUCUCUUCUCUUCCUAGCUUAGGCAACCUUGAGCUUGCUCCUCCUGCCUCAGUCUCUCAAGUAGCUAAGGCCAAAGGCUUGACAGCACUUUAUUCUUUUACAGGGCUCUUCAAGCCACCACUCGCCCAGGAAGCUGUUCUGCCCCUAAGUCAGAAUCCUGUUUUCUUUGUUCUACCAACAUCCUCUAUUUCUGCUCAUGAAUACAGACCAGAUCAUUCUUCUUGGAAUUAUUCUGCUUCCGGUCCGAGCUUUAUUGGUUGCAUUAAUUUUGUUACUGGCUUGGCCAUUUGCUGCAAUUUCAACAGCAUGCUGCCCUGAAAAGCUGACCCAUCCUAUAAGUGGUUGGAGGAGGAAGAUUACUCAGCCGGCUUUGAAGUUUCUGGGUCGUGCCAUGUUCUUCUCCAUGGGUUUUACAGUUACUGUGAAAGGAAAGAUUGCAAGCCCCUCGGAAGCACCCAUUUUUGUUGUUGCCCCCCAUUCAACAUUCUUCGAUGGAAUUGCUUGUGUUGUAGCUGGGUUGCCUUCUCUGGUGUCACGAAAUGAGAAUGCACAGACCCCUCUGGUUGGCAGACUGCUACGGGCUGUGCAGCCAGUUUUGGUGUCCCGGGUUGACCCAGAUUCCCGAAAAAACACAAUAAAUGAAAUAAGAAAGCGAGCAACAUCAGGAGGGGAAUGGCCCCAGAUACUAGUUUUCCCAGAAGGUACUUGUACUAAUCGCUCCUGUUUGAUUACUUUUAAACCAGGAGCCUUCAUCCCAGGAGUUCCAGUGCAGCCCAUCCUCCUCCGAUACCCAAACAAGCUGGAUACUGUGACCUGGACAUGGCAAGGAUAUACAUUCCUCCAGCUGUGUGUGCUUACUUUCUGUCAGCUCUUCACAAAGGUGGAAGUUGAGUUUAUGCCUGUUCAAGCACCAAGUGAUGAAGAAAAGAAUGACCCUGUUCUUUUUGCCAGUAGAGUCCGGAAUCUUAUGGCAGAAGCUCUGGAAAUACCAGUAACGGAUCACACCUAUGAAGACUGCAGGCUAAUGAUCUCAGCAGGACAGCUAACGUUGCCUAUGGAAGCUGGGCUGGUAGAAUUUACUAAGAUUAGCCGGAAAUUGAAAUUAGACUGGGAUGGCAUUCGUAAGCACUUGGAUGAAUAUGCAUCUAUUGCGAGUUCCUCAAAAGGAGGCAGAAUUGGAAUUGAAGAGUUUGCAGAAUACUUAAAGUUACCUGUUUCAGAUGUCUUGAGACAACUUUUUGCACUCUUUGACAGGAAUAACGAUGGCAGUAUUGACUUCCGAGAGUAUGUGAUCGGCCUGGCUGUCUUGUGCAACCCUGCCAACACAGAAGAGAUCAUCCAGGUGGCAUUUAAGCUCUUCGAUGUUGAUGAGGAUGGCUACAUAACAGAGCAGGAGUUUUGCACCAUUAUGCAGGCUUCUCUUGGAGUGCCUGACCUUGAUGUUUCUGGUCUCUUCAGGGAAAUUGCCCAGGGGGACUCUGUUUCCUAUGAGGAAUUCAAAAGUUUUGCCCUAAAGCACCCAGAAUAUGCCAAAAUAUUUACAACAUACUUAGAUCUCCAGACAUGCCAUGUAUUUUCGUUGCCAGAUGAAGUCCAGAAAGCCCGGUCUGUUGCUAGUAAUAAAGUCAGCCCUGAGAACCAUGAGGAGGGCACCUCAGACAAAAAGGUCGAUUGAAUCAGUGUUCUUGGUGAAGAAAGCUGUGCUUCUGCCUGACACUGGAAAGGUGUUGAUUGACAACAUUGUAAAUGUGCUUAUCAACUAAUGAUGUUCAAAGUAGAAAGCUUUUUUACUGAAAUGACAUGUUUUCUUCCUAAACGCUUUUAUUAACCUGUAUAUACCAAGUAAGUUCCUUUUGUCUUAUAUUGUACUUUUACUGGUGAUAAAUGCUGUAUAUUUUUAUGAAUUUUUCAGUUCAAUUUUCAUAAUAAACUCAUUGGUCUUACUCUGUAUUGGCCAGCAUGAAUCAACACUGUGAGUUUAGCAAGUACAAACAAUUUUCAGCCCUUUCACAUAUAAUAAUACUAGGUUUUCUCUACUUACUUCCCUUUCUGAAAAUAAGGAUAAGGAAUCUGAAAAAUUUGGUGGAGUUUUGUAUCUUAAUCUUUGCAGAUUUAUUUUCCCAUUUAAAUUUCCGUGUCCUCUGUCAUUGACUAGGAGAGGGGAGUACCCUUAGCUAGAUGAUGCUUUCUAAGAGUGUACACUCCCCUCGAUAUGCCUCUCUAUUGCAGGUUUCUUUAAAAUGCCUGUUAAGGUCAGCAGGUCCUUUUACAAAAUCCAUAAUAUAAAAGAGGCCAUGUUUUAAAUGACUGCUGUGUCCACAAGUUGAGUGGGAAUUGCCUUAUUGAAGGGAACAGUGAUUGCCUAAUGAGAUAAUGAAUUGUUUGCUACAGAGUUGAAUUGAAUUUGAGUUGGAUGGUUCUGAAGGUAGCACUUUCCCAAUGAAUAAAUCAGAUUUGUUCUAUUUAUAUAAUGGUCAAAUUAGUAUAUUUUAACAUCCAAUUUAAAGGAGAGUUUUAUUGUGCUUAAUUUUCCUCUCAAACUUUAGAGUUUGUCAGAAAUAUCCACAGACACUUCCAGUGUAUCACCAACAGCCAAGGAAUCAAAAAGCUUAGUUUGUCAGUGCGUGGCCACAGUCUACACCCACGCAGGAAUCCAGCAGCAACAUAUUCCUUCUAGGUUAGGCGAAAACUAGUUCUCUACUUCCAAAUGCCAUUUUUAUUGGGACCCAUGUCUGCAUGCUCUUAAUAUCAAUCAAACUUUGAGGUUUCAAAUAAAGAACCAACUUAUUUAAAGAAUGUACAAAAAUAAUUGGUUACUCUUCUUCAUUCAGUCUUUGAUACCAAAGUCUUUGCUUGGGCUAGGUUUCAGAAUCUAUUAGACAGUCCACCUUAACAUAGAGUUUUAAAGUCAGUUUUGAGGCUCUGAAAUCUCCUGAAAGUGUUGGAGACUAUAUUGAAUCAAGGGCUAUGACUUUGAACUACUUUCACACAUGAAGCAGGUGUCUUCUAAGUUAAUGGCUAAAUACAUAUUUGUAUAAUUGAGUUUUAUCCUUAUGUAUAUGUAAUUAUUUGCUUUUCAUGUGUCUUAAAGCAUUUUUUAAGAGGCAUUAAAUGAGCUGAAGCAAUUUCUUAAGUAAUUGAUUAUGCUAAGUAACGUUUACACUGACGUCUGCCAUAUGCAGUGAAUGUAUGCACUCAGGGAGCGCAGAAAGCCCACACGUUAAUCUACUAACCACGGGAGAGUGACGUUAGGAGUUUGAGGCUUUCUAUGAGGCCCUUGAAAAUGAUCCCAUCAUUUCCUGUUUUUAUACUUCUACUUCUAUCAGUAUGGUAUUUCCCUUUUAUGACUUCAUCAAUGAACAAACAAGUAAGUUGCAAUGGAAAACUUGGCAACUUCAAAGUUUUAGUUUUGCGAUGGUUUUCUCAAAUAAACUUUUUUACUUAAA